UUGUAUGUGUGUGUGUUCACCUCGAAGCAAAAAAAAUAAUUGGCCAGCCUCCUGCUUUUAUUUUUUUGGUGUACGAGUCCCACGAGCGCUCCCCCCCCUUCCCGCCACAACCCCUCCGCGCCACACAACACAACCACCUUGGUGGCACGAGAGAGUGGAUGCAACCAGGGCGCGCGCGUCAAGGAUCUUUAAAGGCGCUCAAUUCGGACGAUUGCUCGUGAGGAGGAAAAACGAUUUAACGAUUGGUUCGUGAAAAACAAAAACGUGGAGCGUUUUUUUUUUGUCCCUCAACCACUCCAGUGGUGGAGUAUUAUAGUGUACGUUUUCUAACGUCCUCUUCGCCCCCUUCGUCUGGGGUGCCCAACUCGGUGAGGAUAUCUUUACGCAGCGGAGGUUUCUCUCGUAACAAUGGGGGACGUCGUGUCUUCGCAUCUGGACGAAGGCAAGCGGGAGAUAAUUACAGCUCGCACCAGAGAUGUGAUGCGGGAGUUUGGGGAGACCUACCAGCAGCAGUAUGCGGUGGCGCUCUUCAACAGCGUGCGCUACGAGAUAGAGGGAGGAGGCACGCAGUCCCAGCUGCUGCACCGCAAGGACCCCCUGGUGGACCGGUCCAUCUUCUCUGGGAACCUCUUCCAGUACCUGGAGGAGAACAGGAAGUGGAGGAACCGCUUCGUCUUCGUGGCGAGCUCCUACUCCAUCAGCCUCUACGAGAGCAAGACGGCUCAUGACCGCAGCCUGCACCCAAAGGUCACCAUCAACUGUGCCGGAUACAGAGCCCUCAAGUCGAUGGAGGAAUACAUGGACCUGGUCAAUAACAGCCUGCCAGGGGUGAAGGCGCGGCCCAGCAGCAGUCCCUUUGUGAAGUGUGCCACCCAGUUCCCCCUGAUCCUGUGGCACCCGUACGCACGGCACCACUACUUCUGCGUCAUGACGGAGAAGGAGCAGACCAAGUGGCAUGCCGUGCUGCAGGACUGUGUCCGGCACACCAACAACGGUCUCUCAGAGGACUGCAAGGUCCUGACCCCCGCCUUCACCGACGCCGUUCGGCUCCACAGGCAGGCCAAGGGCCACUACGGCACCUGGGACAUGAUGUGUGGAGGACCCCCGCAGAUCCUAGCUAACCUGGUGAUGGAGACUCUCCAUCCAGAGAUGAGGAGUCUGAUCGCUCACAGACUCAAAGGGAAGCUUCAGCAGAAACAGAGACACUGGAUGCUGAUCUCCGACGCGCUGUACAAGCAGGUGCUGCGCCACACCCGGGCCCACUACGAGGCGCUGGUCCAGAGCUGCGAGGUCCAGAGGCCCGCGUUGGACGCGGGGCUGCGGACCGACAUGGACCAGAUCAUCGCCUCCAAGGACCACGUCCAGGGGAAGAUGAGAGCGCUGGUGCUGCCCAGGGCGGAGCAGCUCCUGCUGGCCAGUGUGAAGCCGUACGUGGACUCCAUCCUGGAAGCUCUGAUGGAACCCACCAGCAGGGGCUUCUCGGAGGUCAGGGACGUCUUCUCCAGGGAGCUGGUGGAGGUCAGCAAGAACACCCUGAACGGAGGAGGCAAGGAGCUGCUGGGAGAGCAAAUGGAGAGGCUGUCCAUGCUGGCCUUCCACCCGGUGAAGAUGCAGAGCUGCUAUGAGGAGGUGGAGCAGCUGAACCUGGACGGACUGCAGCAGCGCUUCGACGUCUCCAGCCCCUCCGUGUUCGUCCAGAGAGCCCAGAUCCUGAUGAGAGAGCAAAUGGACAACGCGGUGUACACGUUUGAGCAGCUGCUGAACCAGUCCCUGGAGGGCCAGGGGGACGAGGACCUGUGUAAGACCAUCCAGAAGUGUGAGGACCGGGUGCUGAAGAAAUACGACUACGACAGCAGCACGGUGCGCAAGAAGUUCUUCCGAGAAGCUCUGCUGCAGAUCAUCAUCCCCUACAUGCUCAAACAUCUGUCUCCCUCCUGCACUGCUGAGCUUCCUAAAUUCAAGGAGCUCAUCUUUGAGGACUUCUCUCGCUUCCUAUUGGUGGAGAACGUCUUUGAGGAGGUGGUGCUGCACUCUGUCACCAAGGACAUCAUGAUGGCGGUGAAGGAGGCGGCGGUGCAGCGGCGCCACAACCUGUACCGGGACAGCAUGGUGCUGACCAACAGCGACCCCAACCUGCACCUGCUGGGGGAGUCGCCCUCGGUGGACUGGUCCACCAAGUUCUCCCCGGACGACCCGGAGGGGGAGGGGGAGAGCGGGGCCCAGGACGAGGGCCCCCGGGGCGGGCUGGCGGCGGCCAAGAGGCGGCGGCAGGUGGUGUCCAUGAUCCAGCUGGACGGGGUCCCCCUGGCCUACGAGUCCUGCAUGGAGGUGCCCGGCGUGGAGGGCAUCCCGGAGGAGGAAGGCGAGGACUACGGCAUGCGCUGCAAACUAGGGACGGAGGAGGAGGAAGACGACGACGACGACGAGGCCAGGAUGCUUCCCCGGACCCCCAAGUCCCCCGACAGCGUGCACGAGAUCCGGGGUCUGAUCAACCCUGUGGUGGAGGUGGAGCACCCGGAGGCGGAGGAGGGCGGGACCAAUGGGGCGGAGCCGGUGUCGGCUACCGUCCUAUUGGAGGACGGCUCGGUGGAGGAGGUGAGGUCGGUGACCACCCUGGUGGAGGGGGGUGACCAGCGGAGGGUCUCGCCGCAGGACAUGAUGAAGAGGCUCAUGGGAAAAGACAGGAAACAGGAAGUGACCGACAUCGAGCAGGCCAUACAGGAAAUAGAUCUCGCCGUGCAGGAAGGCGGGAAGGACACGGAUUUAGAGGCCGAUUUGGGGCAAACUUCGUCGAAGACCAAUGAGGGUUUGAACGAGGUAGGCCCCCAGCCAAUCAGAAACGGUCUGACAGGAGGGGACGGAAAUGGCGAAGAGGUGGAAAACUUUGGGGAGAAGGUAGCUGUGCAAAUCUCCGACGUCGUUUGUGAAAUUUAAGAAAUUCAUUAAUUACCUUUCAUCAAAAAAGGUAAAUCCUAAGCAAGGACUUUAAUUUGCAUAUAUCUUCAGUCUUAUCUUUCAAAACUAUGCGUGGCUACAUUUCUAGGUUUUGAAAUCGUACAAACGUUUGUCUUAUUUAUAACACUAAAUGCUUCACUUGGAAUUCAAUUACAUCUGAUGUGGUAUCUACUGUUAGAUUCUUUAAAUACUUAGCAUUUCAGAAACCUUUUAAGUUUCCUUUAUAAAAGUACUUUCAACGACAGUACAGGGAUUUAAUAUAUAUACUGCCAGCUGAUUGGCUGAUAGUUAGCAGCGUUAACAGCAGGUGUACAAGUGAGCCUAGUGGCAUAUGAGAGUAUCUACAUCCUGUGUGGACAGCUAACAUGGUGAGCAAUGUUCAAAAAGGCCACUUUACGGCGUCUAACAAAGCAGUCAUAGAGGGAUCUCUCACUAUUAGGUUUCAAAUACAUUUUCAAAGCGGUUUCUUUCGUCUGAUCCUUAGGGUGUAUGAUAUAUAUUCUACUAAACGUACGGCUUUCUGUUGGUAUCAUUUCCCCCUCGCUGUGACUUUAAGUUGCCUCCUGUUCGAGUAUCGACACAUUGUUGAUGUGAUUGUGGUCGGAUUGUAUUGAAAUGACUGCUUAGUGCUUUAUAUGGAGUGAGUGCGGUUAGGGUAGAGGGAUGUGUUUGACUAAAUGUUCAUUUGUCAACGAUAAAGGACGCAGUGAAAAAGAGGCAUUUAAGGGAUGAGUUGAUAUUGAACUUCAAGUUAGGACAGGGGGUCAUGUGAAUCUAGUUGUUUUGUAAGAUGAAUUACUAGCAAAGCACACACAAUGAUUUGUAACUGGAACUAUAUGGCAAGCACAUUUUCACGCUCAAUAAUUAACCCUGUUUGUGACUAAUUACUGGUCAAUUACUGGUAAAUUGUUUUAUUAAAUUUCAAUGGUGAACUUGGAAAGGAUAAAAGUGAUGGAUAAAUAACCAAAGGAAGAUGAGGAUGGUUAUCCCCGGUGUGAACCAACAGGAGGCGCUGGAGCUAUUAGCUGUAGCUCUCCAUUUUGUCUGUCAUCUACUACUGGCUUUUCUCGUUCUGAGGCGGGUUUAACAUAAUCAUUCUGUAAUAGCGUUACUUGCAGGGGAAAUUGUACAUUUCUAUCCAUCUUGUCCCCAUAAGAGACUCCUCUUUGUGUGGAAGACACUUUUUAAGAUCUUUCUACUGGCCUUGUUAUUGUUGUCUAUGCAGGAAAACUGGGUGUAAAUGGUUUUGUAUAACCGACUGUUACGUCAUUCAUCACAGCUUUAGACACAGGUUUCAAUUCCCUCAAACAACUUCCCUCUUGAUUUUUAAAGAACCCAUUGGAAACUAUACUUUGUGAUUAUGAGCUUGCAUAAAUAACUGAUGACUCGUUAACUUGUUUAUUUAUUAUAUAAAUUAUACAGUGGAGGUCUCUCUCUUUUGUCCACGUCACUUCUCUUUGCCUUUUUUGUUUUCGAUCGUAUUCAUUGUACAUGUAUGGAUGAAUUGCAUUACAUAAUUAUGUAUUAAUGGAAUAAACAUACCGAUUACAGCAACUUUACUGCCUCAAGUUACAGCCCAGUAUCUUAUGGAAUCACAAAUAUCUUCCUGAAUUUACAUAUGCGCAUCUCCUUGUUCCUUCAUAGGUUGGCCUGAUAUUAUGUACCAUGUUGACACAAUCUAUACCAAGUCAAUAAAGACAACCCAAACGUGGGACUGAGGGCCUAUAUCUUUAUACAACACAGUGCAGCUGAACCUUGUGGGUGCAGAGACCUACCGUGUUCCUGGCCGUUCACAAGACUUUCGAUCACGUGUUCAGUGGUCCUAUUGCCUGCUACUUAUUAGUUGUUUAAUAUUUAUAUUUAUAUUGAAGUUUCCCCACUGUCACUGUUCAAAUGUGCAUAUCAAAUAUUUUCAGAAAAAAACCCAUAAAAUCUAUAUUUUAAGAUGACAUGAAACAGCCUCAAAGCUGCGGUCAAGUUUCUACCCAUACAUGGAAAAGAGAAACUUGAAAGAAGAUAUUAAAAGCUGCAUCAAAAAAAAGUUUUUAUUUUAAAAAUCAUUAAAAACACUGGCAGUCGGGCAUUGGUAGGAUCAUUAAAACAAACAUCCUACAUUCACGCACACUCCUUUUUUCAUGGAAAUCUAGCAGGUGCAAGUCAGGCUAUCCCCUCAUUCAUGUUCCCAGGCCAGGGCUACCUGGGUAACAAAGGUCAGACCCAGAGGUCUUUGCUGUUGCCCUAACUACUAACAGUAGUGAUCCAUUGGUGCUUCAUGACGGUCCAGUCAUCAGCUUGUGCACAUAAAACAAACAUACAAAAUGUAGUUCUAUAGUAGGCCUACGCUGUAUGCGUAGAUAUUGCCAUGUUAGUAAAAUAACAUUUUAAAAAUGAUUCAGUGUUUGAGGAAAAGUAAUUCUAUCAACUAUCGUUCUACACGACAGAAGUGUAGUAAAGACUAUGAUUUAAAAAAAAUAAUUAAGAGAAAUUCAGAAAAAUUCACAACCCUAAAUGGCAACUGGAUUCUCUAUUUCAUCGUCUCGUAUUUCCGAUCAAGAAAAUACUUGACAAACCAACCUACAGUAAACCUUUCUGCUCAGUUUUCAAAUCCAGGGUGGAUCCAGGAAUAAGCCCAAGCCAUACCGCAAUAGUUCCAACUGUGGAUCUGUCAAGUUACAUUUUAGCCCAGGAAUUAGCCCAGGUAGUUCAGGUGGUUGAGAUCCGUCCGAUUAAAGGGUAGGCCAGGAAGUAGCCUAGGCCUGCGCCAAACAGGACACCCAGAAAGAUCCAUACAUUGUAGGACAUGACACAUAGCAUUAGCAUGUAGCUCAUGGCCACCUGGAGAACAUGGAGAGCUGUCUGGACGCUGUGUAGCAUCCACCUGCAGAAGAAGAUUGAAAACACAAUAGUUAGCCUGAUAUUUACUUUAUACCCCUGGCAGCUAAUUAAUGACAUGUAUCUAAUCACAGUCAAUAGGACCACCUUAAUGACUGGUCUCUGUAUUCACUGUCGAUGUCUUAUCUGCUACUUAAUGCCUUGUCCGUGUAUUCACUGUUUAACCCUUAUCUGCUCCCCUCUGUCUAACCCUUC